GAGCCAAUCAAUUGCUCGGAGGAAGCAAGAUUAAGAAUUCAAAAUGAGGAGUUACUUACCCCCCAUUCUCUACCUCCUCCUUGCUUGCGCCGUGGGCAUCCAGGCGCAGGACAAGAUUGCCGACGCCGUAGCAACGGACGGGAAACUAUCCACGCUGCGCUCGAUACUGACCAGCAACCCGGCGCUCGCCCAACUCCUUGACGACAAAUCCUAUGGCCAGCGUACCUUCCUCGCCCCCUCCGACGCCGCCUUCGCCAAGUACGCCGCUGAAACCAACACCACCAUUCGCGGGGGCAAUUUCUCGAGAACGCAGUUGGAGGCGAUACUGUCGUACCACGUCAUGAAUGGCUCGUUUCCGGCUUCGAACUUGACGUCGCGUGGGGGGGUCGCUGCGGCAACCUUCUUACAGGAUUCGCAGUACACGAACCUGGGCGGCGGGGGUGGCGGGAAUGUAGUGUAUGCUUCGCGGUACGGGAGUUCGGGGGAGGCGAGCGCGGCAGGGAAAUUGGAGGUUUUCGGUGGGGUAGGGAACAGUGCUCCGAUUGUGACCACGGAUAUCAAAUAUGGGAAUGGUUAUGUGCAUGUUGUUGAUAAGUGAGUGGGUUUCUUCUUCUCUACUCUCGAUUUCGGCAAAGCGACGACCGGGCUAACCUCGGACAAAAAAAAAAAAAAAAAAGUCUACUGUCGCUCCCACAGACAUGCACGAGCUCGAUGGGGAAGUUGUCCCUAACCUCACUCACCCAAGCAUUGAACCGUGCUGUGCUCGCUCAAACGCUCGAUACCACGCCCGGCGUGACGUGCUUCGCACCCUCCCAGGAGGCAUUCGCCGCGCUGGGAAACCCCGAGGGGAAACUUUCGCCGAAGGAGCUCUCGGAUACACUUAUGCUUCAUACGCUCGGGAAGGCAGAAUACUCGCCGGACCUGGAGACUGGGGGAGAGUAUCCGACUUUGAUGACGGGACAGAGCGUCAAAGUUGUCCGUGAAUCGGGAUCGCUGUAUAUUACAGGCGGCGGGGGCGGUAAAGCGAAGGUACUGAGGGGGAAUGUGAUUGUUAAGAAUGGGGUUAUGCAUGUUAUUGAUCAGGUUUGUUCCUUUUUUACUUCUGCGGUGGGUUUUCAUUGAAGGCGGAGGUGGUUAACCGCGUUUUAGGUACUUACGCCAUCGUCUACGAAUGGUUCUUCCUCAAGCCCGACCUCCUCUAGCGGCGCUGGGACGGGCGAUUCGUCCCCAUCGGUUUCGGGAUUUUCCAAGAAUUCGAGUAGUGGGAAUCAUAUCGUCCCGUCAACGGCUUUGCUCUUUACUGCAAUUACUAUAAUCUUUUCGAGGGUCAUCUUAGCUUAGUUUGAUAUACCUCUGUUUACCUGGUUUUUUGUAACGAGUGAUGGAAGAAUUUUGUUGAUGGUUGGGUGGGAGGUUCAUAAUCUAAUUGGUGGGAAAUAAAGGAAGCUCGGGGGGAAUAUGAUACUCGAGCAAACAAAGCCGGACGAGUUGAUGGAUACGGUACGGUAAACGGGGAUCGGUGGUGGACGUGACAAUCAGAUAUGCCUUGGAAGAUGGUGAAGGAUGUGAUCCCCAGAACCGGUAUUACCCAAGGGAGCUUUACCAGUAUUUCUCAAAGAGGCAAUAUAAAAGUCCAGGAGGCGCACGAGUGGCACGUCGAGCCCUUGGAACCCCCAAGUUGACAUAAUUCAGCUGGCCCUAGCACCACCGUAGUAGAGCAGGUUGGAAGGCAUGGGCAUCAAGGUGGCAGGGAUACUAAGGAUCGUUCAAUAAACCCCAAAACAAAUUACCGUAGAUGAGCCUGUGAUACUAGAAACUUUAAUGCAACAUCUCGAAGCGAAAGAGUUGAGGGGCAUCCCGCUCUA